GCCCCGAAGAGCUGCAUCUGCGGCAACAUCUCCAGCGACGUUACGUGCCUGUCGGCUUCGACCCAGCCCGCCGCGCGUGCCAGUCUCUCCCCGCCCCCUCCCCCCCUGGCGCGCACCUGGCCAAGGCCGGGGUCCCGCCGAGAGCCGGGAAGGCGCGUGCCAGGGGCCCUAGGGAACCGCAGAGCGCGCGCGCCAUGGGGCCGCCGCCCGGGGCCGGGGUCUCCUGCCGCGGUGGCUGUGGCUUUUCCCGAUUGCUGGCCUGGUGCUUCCUGCUGUCUCUGAGUCCGCAAGCCCCCUGUUCCCGGGGAGCCGAAGCAGUGUGGACCGCGUACCUCAACGUGUCCUGGCGGGUUCCUCACACCGGAGUGAACCGCACCGUGUGGGAGCUGAGCGAGGAGGGCGUGUACGGCCAGGAUUCGCCGCUCGAGCCAGUGGCUGGGGUCCUGGUACCGCCCGACGGACCAGGGGCGCUGAACGCCUGUAACCCGCACACGAAUUUCACGGUGCCCACGGUCCCGGGGGACUGGGGCAGCAGCGUGCAAGUCUCUUGGUUGGCCCUCAUCCAGCGCGGCGGGGGUUGCACCUUCGCAGACAAGAUCCAUCUGGCUUAUGAGAGAGGGGCGUCUGGAGCCGUCAUCUUUAACUUCCCGGGGACCCGCAAUGAGGUCAUCCCCAUGUCUCACCCGGGUGCAGGAGACAUUGUUGCAAUCAUGAUUGGCAAUCUGAAAGGCACAAAAAUUCUACAGUCUAUUCAAAGAGGCAUACAAGUAACAAUGGUCAUUGAAGUAGGGAAAAAACAUGGCCCUUGGGUGAAUCACUAUUCAAUUUUCUUCGUUUCUGUGUCCUUUUUUAUUAUUACGGCAGCAACUGUGGGCUAUUUUAUCUUUUAUUCUGCUCGAAGAUUACGGAAUGCGAGAGCUCAAAGCAGGAAGCAGAGACAAUUAAAGGCAGAUGCUAAAAAAGCUAUUGGAAGGCUUCAACUCCGCACACUGAAACAAGGAGACAAGGAAAUUGGCCCUGAUGGAGAUAGUUGUGCUGUGUGUAUUGAACUAUAUAAACCUAAUGAUUUGGUGCGCAUCUUAACCUGCAACCAUAUUUUCCAUAAGACAUGUGUUGACCCAUGGCUAUUAGAACACAGGACUUGCCCCAUGUGCAAAUGUGACAUACUCAAAGCUUUGGGAAUUGAGGUGGAUGUUGAAGAUGGAUCAGUGUCUUUACAAGUUCCGGCAUCCAAUGAAGCAUCCAAUAGUGCCUCUCCUCAUGAAGAGGAUAAUCGCAGUGAAACUGCAUCCUCUGGAUAUGCUUCAGUUCAGGGCGCAGAUGAACCGCCUUUGGAGGAACAUGUGCAGUCAGCAAAUGAAAAUCUACAGCUGGUAAACCAUGAAGCAAGUUCCAUGGCAGUGGAUGUUGUUCCUCACGUUGACAACCCAACCUUUGAAGAAGAUGAAACUCCUGAUCGAGAGACUGCUGUUCGAGAAAUUAAAUCAUAAAAUCUGUGUCAAUAGAAAACUUGAACCUUUAGUAAUAACAGAACUGCCAAUCAGGGCCUAGUUUGCUAUUAAUGAACUGGAAUAACUUAAUAAGAAUGAUACUGAAAGUGAUGAGAUGACUAAUAUUAUGCUAUAGUUAAAUGACUUAAAAUAUUUAACCUAUUAACUUUUUCCACAAACUCAUUAUAUAAU